AUUCUAUUAGUAUGAAGGACCACGGAGGAAAAUAUGUAGAAUGAUCGGAAAAUGAGGUUACACUUACACUACUAGUUCUAGUUCUAGGUACCAGAAGAGUGUCGACGGUUCAUGUCGUUGUUGCUAUUUCAUGAUCGGAGUUGGUUACAACAAUCUGGAACAAGAAGUUCUUUGUCUAACUGCAUCUUCACUGUAAAAAAAUUGAUAGCUAGUCCUACUCCUAGUAGUUCUUUUCUCCUGCUCCUCUAUCUUCUUUCAUUUGAUCUGCAGCUACUUUUCUGUCAAAAAUAUCUAUCAACAUUCGCAUUCGGCACCAAAACUAACUACUCCUACAACUACAGACACUCACUCUUACACAAAAUGGAUCAUAUCGAUGAUCUUGGAGAAGGGAUCUUCGUACGGUUGUUACAGGUGGUCUCUUGGUUUCUGGUGGUGCUUUUCAGCAUACCAGCUGCAUGCUUGGCGACGUAUCAGAUAAUAACACUCUAUCUCCCCUACUCACUCGCGAGGAUAACAGGGACUACGUCUUAUAGGUACCUCCACCUACUAGUUUUGUUUAUAACUUACUACUCCACUGAAGAUGCCUACUGGUACUGCUACUGCUUUUGUCGGAAUAAUUGCUUUGCUGGAAGAUGUUGAAUUAACAAGCUGCCAGAGAAGAAGUAAAACUAAUCCAUCAACAUUCUUCGCCUUAUGACACAACAGGUUUCCGGCUUACAUGUAUACGGUAUGGGGCGACGACUUGACGGACCUAACGAUAGAACACUGGGGGUAUUAUUUUACAACCCAAAUUAUAUAGAAGAUUAGGCACGCAAUCUUGAGUUUUUAUCAAACACACGACCCGUCUUCGUGUUUAUGUCUCUCUCAACCUGGUCUGUCAACUUGCUGUUACCCACGACGCUGCUUGCCGACAUUUUGCACACCAGGUACCUCGCAUGUUGUGUCGGAGUGACAAUUUUCUCGGCGGUCUAUAUCAUACCCGAGACACCAUGGAAAUCUUCAAGGGUCAGAGACGACUCAGAAGAUAGCAAAAAACGACAGUAG